AUGAGUGUCUAUAGAUCUAUCUGUUUUUUGAGCAAAACUAAAAACUUGAGGAAAAUGAGUAUUGAUAUUGGAGGUAUGAGAAUUAGAUACAAGGAUAAAGAUGAAACAUUUUUGGAAAAGCAUUUAGUAUCUAAGGAGCCAUUUGGACAGUUUAAAGCAUGGUUUGAAGAAGCCUGUACUAGAAAAGAAAUUCUAGAACCAAAUGCAAUGUGUUUAGCAACUGCUACUAAAGAUAGCUUCCCAUCAGCAAGGUUUGUGUUGUGCAAAGGAUAUGGCAAGGAUGGUUUCAAGUUUUUUACAAAUCAUGGAAGUAGAAAAGCUAAGGAAAUGGAAGAAAAUCCAAAUGUAGCUGCAACAUUUUACUGGGAAGUUCUUAAUAGAUCUGUGAGAAUUGAAGGCCAUGUUGAAAAGUUGUCUGAAGAGGAAUCUACAACAUAUUUCCAUUCACGGCCUGUGCCUAGUCAGAUUGCAGCCUGUACUAGCUAUCAGAGUACUCCCAUUGAGUCAAGAGAUAUUCUUUGUGAGAGAGAAAGUUUACUGGAGGCAAAAUAUAUGAUUCCUAAUAAAGAAGUUCCAAAACCAGAGUUUUGGGGUGGUUACAUAAUACGUCCAAGAGCUGUUGAGUUUUGGCAAGGUCAAAGAGAUCGCCUUCAUGAUAGAAUUAAAUUUAGAAAGCCAAAAAAUGAUGAAGUGCCUGAUAACAAGAUUUUGCAUGAAGGAGAAGAUGGCUGGGUUUAUGAAAGACUUUCACCUUAA